UUGCAACCGCCUACGUUCCUGCGCAGCACCACGUCAAUGAUAGUAGGCGGCUAAAUGCGCAUAGGCUGGCAAGAAACAUAACCUACAAUACAGAAGCCGCUUUCAUUAUCCGUGGGACUCCUUCAAGCGUGCCAACAAUGUAACCCUUCACUAAUUCUAAGUUAGCCAGCUAUGACCUCCAUGUCAUCAUCCCUGCACCCAGGGUUAAACUCAACAUGCAGAGCCCUUCCGGGGGAGGGAAGUCAGGUUCAGCCCAAGGCCCCCCUCCUGCAGAUUCUUCGGGUAGCAGGAGCUCAGGAGGAGGUGUUUACUCUGAAGGAGGUCAUGCACUACCUUGGCCAAUACAUCAUAGUGAAGGAAUUGUACGAUAAACAAAGACAGCAUAUAGUGCAUUGUCAAGAUGACCCACUUGGAGAGCUGUUGGAGGUGGAGAGUUUUUCUGUUAAAAACCCGAGCCCUGUGUAUGAGAUGCUGAAGAGGAAUUUGUUUAUUUUGGAUUGUUCGGACGCUGCAAAGAAUCUUUCAGUCGGCAAGGAUUCUAAUGAGUCUCCCUGUGAAGAUCCUGGUCAGGUGUCUAGCAGGAUGUGUAGCUCUAGCCAGCUCUUUAGUGUCGGCGGUGCCAGUGCUUGCACCACACAGAACUCCUCACAGCGCAGACCGCGGGAUGCGGAUGAUGACUCUUUAGAUGGGUUGCCAAGAUCAGCCUGCAAGCGGCCAAAGCUGGACGUGAGCCUUGAUGAGUGGGACCUGUCUGGUUUACCUUGGUGGUUUCUGGGUAAUCUGCGCAGUAACUACACACGCAGGAGCAAUGGCUCGACAGACAUCCACACGAAUCAAGUGUCUCCCGGGCAGGAGGAGGACACAGCCAUUGUUUCAGACACCACGGAUGAUCUGUGGUUUCUGAACGAAGCUGAAAGUGAGCAGGUGAGCGUGGAGAUGAAGGAGGCAGCGCUGGAGCAGGGCAGCGACGCAGAGUCCCCACAGGAGGAGGAAGAGCAAGGGAGGAAUAGCAAGGAGGACAAAGAGUGUUCUCAGAUGCAGGAGGAGUUAGAUGAUGACUCCCAGUGUCUGAGUGAUGAUACGGACACGGAGAUCUCCACACAGGACGCAUGGCAGUGCACUGAAUGCCGCAAAUUCAACUCUCCCCUGCAGCGCUACUGCAUGCGCUGCUGGGCCCUGCGCAAGGACUGGUACAAAGACUGCCCCCGCUUGGUCCAUUCCAUCUCAGUCCCUGACAUCCCUGUCUGCAGCUCCCACCCCCAGAGCCAUGAAGAUGAAGACGAGGAUGAUGGCAUCGAUGUGCCUGAUUGCUUGAGGACCGUGUCUGACCCCGUCAUUCUACCCUCGUAUCAGGUCGCCCGCAUCCUGCCUACUUCUUCCACCUCAGCCAAGGGGAAGGCCCCCUGCCGCCCACUGCAGAGCUCCCAGGAGAGCUCGGAAGGGGACAGCCAAGACAUGUUGGACGGAGAGACCAAGUGUCAACAGGAGGCCAUGCUGGAGCCAUGCAGGCUAUGCCGCAUCCGGCCUCGUAAUGGCAACAUCAUUCAUGGCCGCACUGCUCACUUGAUCACCUGUUUCCCCUGCGCGCGCAAGCUGCACAAAUUCCACGCUCCAUGUCCUGGCUGUGGCCAGAUCAUCCAGAAAGUCAUAAAGACUUUCGUUGCCUGAUGGAGGCAGGGGGCUGAGCAGUGGUUUGUGUAUUAAACACACACAUUUGCAAAAUGUGUAUAGAGCUCUUAUACUGUAAAUAUUAAAGAGGGCGUUAAACCCUGGGCCAAAAAUGCAUGAGUAAUGCAGCAUAACUGAAUAUCUAAAUAUUAAGUAUAAUUAAUGGAAUUGUCAGGUCUUACGUGAACUUUGCAUCAAGCUGAAGUUUUGCUCUAAUAUUUGCAAGCAUGUGUAACAGAGAUGCAUGGUUUUUUUGUUUUGUUUUUUUUCCCCCCUUCUCCUGCAGAAUUACUUUUCAGGAGAUGUGAGGUUUUGUUCCAAAAGCGACAGUAAUUCACAUGGUGGAGGGAGUUUAAACUGGUAGUUGCUAACUAUUUUUUUAUUUAUUUAUUUAUUUAUUAACGUAGUUAACCAGUUCAGGUUCAGUUCAGUUUGCUGUCUAGAUUGACUAGGUCAGCACAUUGAUUGUGAGACACAACCACAGUCAUUUUUGGGUAUUUUACAGAGUACUCAAUAGUUCUCAUUUGUUAAUGAUUAUCCACUGAGAAAGACUGGUGCUUUCUGGGGUUACAGGAAGUAUCACUUUUUACAGUUCAUCCUUUAAUAUCUGAAUGUCUGUGGUCUUGCAAAAACCAAUGGUAUUAUAAAUGUGUGCUAAAAAAAACCUAUUUGCUGCAGCCUACACUAAAAGGUGCCGAAAUACUUGGCUUGCAGGUCUUGUGAUGCUUCUGCACUUUCAGAUUGAAUAGACUUAAAGCUGUCAGGUGGUUGAUGACUUUGCCUCCUUGUUUCAGUGCUUGGUUACUGUGCAGUUUCUUUUCAUCACCUUUAGUUUCAGUCCUAGCUUUGCCUGAGCACCAGUGAGCCGUGACUGCCGAGCACAGGUCCUAUCAGACCGCAUUUGGGCCAACCCUGCCUUUCCUUCGCUCUUGUUUGGUGCCUUCUUUUCUUACCCAGUCUCUCUUUUAGGCUCUACCUGUACAGGAAAAAGAUGACUACACAUGCUAACUUUGGAAGGACCUCGAGACUUCAGUUUUGUAGGCACUGAUUGUCUUCAACUUGCCCUCUGUGUACAAUUUCUUUCAUUUUCCUGCUUUUGAAAAUGUUUUGUUUGAAGUUGUAACCAGUGCUGCUGUUGUAUUGUUUGUGCUUCAGUUGGCUAUAAUUAGAGUUUAGGCAAGGUUAAGGGAUUAAAAGAAUACUGUUUUUUUGGGGUGGGGUAGUACAAUUAUUUAUUUAUUUUUUUUCCCUCCCCUUUUAUUUCUCUCUCCCAUCUGGUCCUGUUCACAGAUGUGCAGCUGUUUUACGUUCCUAAACGGAGUGCUCAACUGCUUCUGUUUAUCCUUUUAUUGCUCAACUUGUUCUCUGUUUGCAUUUUAAUGUGAACUGUGUAAUUUGUGUGCUUUGCCUCUUGAGAAGUCUUCAUUUGAUUGCUCAACACAAGUGGCAUCCAUGGCAGAAGCAUAGUUGUACUGACUCUCACCACCAGGGGGAGAUAUAAGGUUAGAAUCAUUUUCUAUACCUGUAUAAACACAGCUCCACUGCUUUUCACCUUGCUAGUUGAUGUGGAAGUGUAUGCAGAAAUGUCAUUUAGAGUUAAGGACUCAUGUAAAGUAUAUAUUGGGGAUGUGAGAGCUAUAUUAGCUGUAUUUUAGCCUCAUUAUGCCACAUGGUAUUAAACCUAAGAGGAUAUAUAUGUGCUAAAGUCACUGCCAUAAUUAUUGAAGUUUGUACAUUUUGUUUGUUUUUCUCAGACAUGGGUUCUGCUUCAGAACAUAGUUCCUGCUUCUGAGCAGCAUUUCUGUGUUUUUAGUUCAAUAAAUAGUGCAACGUGAAGUCUC